CCUGUGUCUCAUUAUAUGUGCCGUUCCGCUUGAGCUGAGAGAGACCACCAUUUCUUACACCGAGAUCUAUCGCCUCCGUCUCCUCUAGUUAGGGUUUCUUCUUCUCUCUUCCCCCACCCAGUUGCGAUGAGAGUCACCAAUCAUCUGAUCUAGUGAAGACUGGUCAUCUAAUUUAGUUAUCAGUUCGAGAGCGCGAAAGGUUCCUUCAGGAUUCUUCCGCUCCGGAUCUUGUUCUUGAAUUCCUCAUUCAGGAUGUUGAGAGAUCUGAGGAUUUUCCGCCGGAAUUCGAACACUGGUAAGGCUCCCGCCUCGGAGAGCAACAAUGAGAACCUCCCCGUGGAUCCUUCGGGUUCUUCGACUUCGCAGCUGGAAUCCGAUCCAUCUCGAGCCCCUCUGAUCACGAUCCAAGAGCCGGUGCAAAACCCUAAGCCGGGGUUGGAUCAAGGAGCAGUUUCGAGGAGGAAGCCGGAAACAACCCACUUCAGGAGCCAGGUGAAGGGUUCGGAUUCGUCCCGGUUGCCGUUCCGCACCCCAGAGAAAAUGGUAAGCCGGCAAAGGUUUGGUUGGGGCCUCAAGGGUGAGCCGGGAAUGAGUGACGCGGACAAUGGUGACGAUUUAUGCUACGAAGGUCCCAGCAGCCAACUUCCGCCACUAAGCCGUGGCGGAAGCAUAUGUUCUGGAGGUGGAUUUGGUUUGAUCACUCCUCGUAUGUAUAGGACGGCUGCGAAGGCGUCAUCGGUGCAUUCAGAUUGCAGUUCUACUCAGAGCACUCCAACGAAGAGUGUUACGAAGCCUCCAAACUCUGGUUUCAGCAACUCCCGUCCUCCCGUUAGUGCAAGGACUCGAACAAUGAGCAUUGGAACACCAAGAACAACACCGUCAUUUGCCACUGUUGCACAUUCAUCUGAAGUGCCGCACUUUGAACUCAAGGAGGAUCCAUCAUUCUGGAUGGAUCAUAAUGUGCAGGUUGUCAUUCGUGUUCGUCCUCUCAGUAGCACAGAGAAAAGCCUGCAAGGUCUCCACAGAUGCUUGAAGCAAGAAAGUGCACACAACAUCAGUUGGAUUGGUCAACCAGAAACCCGAUUUACGUUUGACUAUGUUGCAUGUGAAACAAUCAAUCAGGAGAUGCUUUUUCGAGUUGCUGGUUUGCCAAUGGUCGAGAAUUGCAUGUCGGGUUACAAUAGCUGUGUCUUUGCAUAUGGCCAGACUGGAAGUGGGAAGACAUAUACGAUGCUUGGUGAAAUUGGAGAACUGGAAGUGAAACCUAGCCUGAACCGUGGAAUGACACCAAGAAUAUUUGAAUUUUUGUUUGCGAGAAUUAAAGCGGAGGAAGAAAGCAGGAGGGAUGAAAAACUAAAAUAUAGCUGCAAAUGUUCCUUCCUUGAGAUUUACAAUGAACAAAUUACUGAUCUUCUUGAUCCCACCUCUAGCAAUCUGCUUCUGCGAGAAGAUAUCAGGAAGGGUGUCUAUGUUGAAAAUCUUACGGAGUAUGUAGUCGAGAAUGUCAAUGACAUUCUAAAUCUUCUUAUACAGGGUGCUGCAAAUAGGAAAGUGGCAGCUACAAAUAUGAACCGUGAGAGCAGCCGUUCACACAGUGUUUUUACUUGCAUAAUUGAGUGUAGAUGGGAAAAAGAUUCAACUGUAAACUUACGUUUUGCAAGACUAAAUCUUGUUGAUCUAGCGGGUUCCGAAAGGCAGAAAACUUCAGGUGCUGAAGGUGAACGCCUAAAGGAAGCUGCAAAUAUUAACAAAUCCUUAUCGACACUUGGUCAUGUUAUAAUGGUUCUUGCUGAUGUGGCUCAUGGGAAGCACAGACAUGUUCCUUACAGGGACUCAAGGCUCACAUUUCUUCUCCAAGAUUCUUUGGGUGGCAACUCCAAAACUAUGAUAAUUGCAAAUGUCAGCCCUUCGAUAUGCUCUGCUAAUGAGACUCUAAGUACCCUUAAGUUUGCUCAGCGAGCAAGACUGAUACAGAACAAUGCUGUCGUCAAUGAAGAUGCUUCAGGAGAUGUCAUUGCAUUACGACAUCAAAUACAUUUACUAAAGGAGGAGCUUUCAGUUCUUAAGCGUCAAAAUGUCUCAAGAUCUCUAUCGUUUCGUAAUGCAAUUUUUGAAAAUCGUACGAGUGAAGUUUGUGACGAAUAUGUUGUGGAGAAAUUGCCAGAAGUUCCUGAAGCAAAUGAUGAUGAGUUCCAGACAGAUGAAGGUGUGGACAGCAUAAGAGUUUCGAUGAAGCAGUUGAAGUCCUUGGAAGCUAUACUAGCUGGUGCACUGCGAAGAGAAAAAAUGGCAGACACUACAAUUAAGAAACUCCAAGCUGAAAUUGAGCAGUUGAACCGCUUAGUUCGUCAGAGAGAGGAUGAUACUCAAAGCACCAAAAUGAUGCUGAAGUUUCGGGAGGACAAGAUUCGCCGAAUGGAAAAUCUUCUGGAAGGCCAGAUGCCAGUUGACUCAUAUUUAAUGGAAGAAAAACAUGCCCUCUCCGAGGAGGUACAAUUGCUUCGUGCAAGAGUCGAUAAGAAUCCUGAAGUGACACGCUUUGCAUUGGAAAACAUCAGGCUCUUAGACCAACUGCGUAGGUUCCAGGACUUCUAUCAAGAAGGAGAGAGAGAACUUUUAUUAGCUGAAGUAAUUGAGUUGCGCAACAAGCUUAUGCAAGUGUUUGAUGGAAAAUCUAAGCUUGAUCAGCACCUAAAGUCAGACAUGGAAACCCCAACCAUUGGAAAUCCCCAAUUUGCUUGUUCAUCCAGAGAUAACGAAUCAUUGUUAGUGGAGUUAAACAAGACCCAUCAGGAGUUAAAAAGCUGCAAGAGUGAACUUCAGUCUUGCUUAGAAAUAAAUGAAAGGCUCACUAGGGAGAUAAGCAAUCUGCGAGUUGAAUUAAAUAAUUUUAGGUCUGCAAACCAUGUUCAACAUGUCAACCUCAAGCAUAGAGACAUUGAUAUGUUAGAGAUACCCCAAAUGGACACUCAGGUCUGUGAAAAGAAAGAAUGCUCGCAUGAACAUAUGAUGGAACAUGCUGAGGAAAUUCUGAAUUUGCAGCUGGAGUUGGAUAUACUGAAGACAAUCCUAGCAGAGGAGAAGUCAUCUUUCGUAGAGGUAGAGGAAAGAGCUAAUCAUACAAAGAAUGAACUUAAAUCAGCAAAUGGAAGGAUUUUAUAUAUGGGUAAGCAGUAUGAAGACAUAAAUAAUGAACUGAAAGAUGCAAGAUCCAUCAUUGAAGCACUUGAAUCAGAACAUAUUCUGUUGAUAAAUGAGAUGGAAGAAGUAAGGGAAAGGUGCAAUCAACAAAAGGAGAUUUUAAAUAAACAAGAGCAGGAGAUAUUUCUACUGAGAAACCAGUCUGGUCUCUGUCCCAGUGAGAUAGAGAAACAGUCCACUGUUCAAGAGGAGCUUAGGAACAUUCCACAUGGAAAUUAUGAAAAUGAGGGUUCCCCUUUGCAAGUGAAACUGAAAAAAAUGCAAGCUUCUCUUGAAAAGGCAAGAGAUCUGAACAUGAGGUGCCAAAGUGAUCAGGUAUCUCAAACAUCUCUUGAACAAGAAAUGGAUGAAGUCCGGAGACAAGUUGAGAUUGAGACUGCUGAGGUGAUUGUCUGCUUGCAAGAAGAACUUGCUGCACUUCAAAAACAGGCAGAUGGCAGCAAACAAAAUGAGUUGAUCGCUAAACAAAACUUGAUUGGACUACAAACAGAGUUGAAAGAGCUACAAGUAAGGUUGCAUGUGAUGACUGAGGAAAACGAAAAGCUAGGAGACUUGAUUGAAGAGAAAGACAGGGAUCUUAGGUCACUGACUGAAGACUGGGAAAGAUUAGCAUGUGAGAUUGCUGACAUUCUUGUCGAUGGAAAUAUGUCUCUUGAAGAAGCUACUGAUCAGGUAGAUUCCAUCUCUGAUUCCUUUCCUAAAAGAAGUUGGAUAGGUGAGCAAAUUGAGAGGAUAAUUAAGGGCAUUUCAGAAAGAGAUCUGCUGAUUGAAGAACUUCAGAAAUGCUUGGAGGAGGCACAGAAUAUAAGGUGUGAUAUGGAAUGGAAGUUGAGGUCCUUAAGGGGAGCAACACUUGCUAUAACUGAAGCUCAACAACAGGAAAGUAAUGAUAAAGAACAAGAGAUUCUUCGUUUGACCACAGAGAUAACAGAGAAGAUGUUUACUAUAAAUGAAUUAGAAAAUACUAUUGAAGUGCAGGAAGAACAAAUCAAGAAAGCUGAGCUAAAUGCAACUGUUGCAUUCAUGACUGUGAACAAGUUAUCUGAGAUGAAUGAAGCCCAUCUUCAGGAGAUUGCACAUGUAAAGCUCCUGCUUGAGGAGUCUAAAGAAGUUAUUUCUAAUAAGGAUUCCCUAUUACAUCAUCAAAUUUCUAUGCACGCUGAUGCAGAUAAAGAAAUUCAUGCCCUUAGCAUGCAGUUAAAUCAGUCUCAGGAGCAUAUUGCUGAACUACAGAAGCUUUCUCAAAACCAGGAAAGGGCACGAGAAUUGGAACAAAUGAAGAAGGAAGAAGAGGAUGUUGUUUUAUCUGUUAUGGUAGAAGAUUUACUGAAAGCUAAGAGAAUUAUCAAUGAUUUUAAAGCCGGAAUGACUACACAACAAUCUUGUGCAAGUGUUUCAUCUGAACAGGACAAUGGCCACACAUUACAAAGUUCUGGAGAUUAUACUGUUGACAGUGAACAAUACAUCACUGAGGACCAAAUGAAGAUUGAAGCUGUCCAAUCUGUUAUGAAUUUUGAGCAACAACCUGUUGCAAGCAUGUUGUGUGUUAGCUCUGAAAAAUUAUUGACUGAUAUUGGGCAUAAAUCUACUUGUGAAAAUGUGUUGGAGUAUUCUCACGAUAGACAGUCCAAUAUUCUUCAUCUGCAGAAGGAACUAGUGAUUGCACUUGACCACCUACAGUAUGUACAAACUCAAAUGGUACAACUGCUCAAGGAAAAAGAAGAAAUUAAGAUAUCUGAGAAACUAUAUCAUACAAGUAUUGAAAAACUUACAAUCGAUGUUCUUCAAUUGAAAUCUGAAAUCACUGAAAAAGAAAGAAAAUUUGAACUUGGGUUGCUACAGUUGGAAAAUAAGCUUCGAGCAGUUGAGAAAAAUACAAUGGAAUCUAAUACAAGAUGGCAAAAAACCAAAGAGGCACUUGAGCUUGAUGUCAGUGAUGCAAAAACCAUUGCAGCCCACAAAACAAUUGAGGCCACUCAUCUUCUAACAAAGAUUGAGGAGGCUCAAGGAACAAUGCGAGAUGCUGAUAUCAUGGUUAACAUGCUGUUACAAGCAAAUGAAACUGCAAAAUGUGAUAUAGAAAGACUUCAGAACAGUGAGACCAUGUUAUGCUAUGAAAAGAACCUUUUAAUUGAUGAGGUACAGCAUUUGCAAUCUUCCCUUCACAUUAAGGAGAAAGAAUAUACAUCCUUGGAAAAGAAUUUUGAAUCAAACCUUAUAGAGGCUAGGGGUUUAGUUCUAGAGCUAGAAGAUAGCUGCAGGAAUCUACAGACUGCUUUUGCUGAGAAAUUUGAGUCUCUAGCAUGUGAUCUUGAUUGGAUAAAGUCCAAUCUUCAAGAUUACACAGAGUCAAUAAGAAGCUGUUUGGAAAAGACUUGGUCAGAAAUUAUCAGAAAAGAUUGUGCUCUAUCUGUAUUACACCUUUGUCACAUGGGAAUUUUAAUAGAGAGAAUAACUGGUCUGAACAUGGAGAAUGGUUUCCUUCAACAUGGGCUGUGCAAGUCUAAUACUUUAAUUGCUGAUUUGAGUGAACGCAAUGUUAAAGCAAAAGAAGAACUUGAAAUAUGUAGUGUUCUUAAGGGUAAGUUACUAGUGGACAUCAACAACAGUUUCAAUCGCAUUGCAAAAAAGGAAGAUGAAACUGCUGAGUUCAGGACCAGGCUGAAUUUUUUUGAAAAGGAAAUUUUGCAAUUACAAUCACAAGAAGAAUCAAUGUUAGCUAGGUCAAACUCAAUGGGCACUGAACUUGCAGUCUUGGUGAAAGAGUUGGAUGACAAUAACAUGAACACCCUAACAGCCUUGUUAGGGCAGGACAAACUUCUAAAGGAAAAAGAAGUACUUAGCAAGGAGCUAGAUGAUAUGACAAGGCUGUUGCAUGAGGCCCACAGAGUUAAUGAAAUGUUCAUGGAUUCACUUAGAGGAGAGUUAGCUCUGCUUACUGAUGAACCACAUCCUAAAAUUCAAAUGAAAGUAGAUGUCCCUAUAAUCAGUAACAUGGGAUUCUCCAAUGAAUCUAAACUACUAAAGAAGCUUAUGAAUUAUAAAUUUGAAUCUAUCCUGACCGAUUCAUUUGCUAAAGAUAUUGAAUUCCUUGUUGUUGUUUCAGAACUGGAGCAGAAUGCAAUCAAGUGUGAUCAGAUGGCUUCACAUGUAUCAAAAUUAGAAAAAGAGAAUGAUACUCUGAGUUCUGUUAUCGAGAAAGUUAGCAUCGAAUUAAUCCUUAGUAAAAUUGAUGGUGAUUUAAAAUCUAAAGAAAUACAUUCGUUACACAAGGAAAAUGAAAAGAUGAGGAAUGCAAAAGAGAAGCUGCAAGAAGAUCAUUUAAGAGUCACAAAAGAGUUACAGGACAAGAUUUGCUCCCUGGAAAGUCUUGUUACCUGCAUAGAGAUGGAUUUAGAUAGGAAGGAAGUCAAACUAGAGGAAAUGGUAAACUCUCAUACUGUCAUAUCAAAGGAACUUGAAGCAAAAAGUGAAUUCUAUGAAAUCCAAAAGGAGAGAACCAAGAUCUUAAGGUCUGAGAAUGAGACAUUGAAAAAAAAAUUCCUAGAAUUUGUAUCUGAGAAAGAUGAAGCUAUUCAAAUGCUUGGUUGUAGUCUUAGACAUGGCUCUGAUUUAGCUCUGUCAAUGGGUGUUGUUAUGAGUAGAUUAUUACAUGAAAUAGCUGGCCUAUUUGUUCUUAUAAUGGAUAGGAUGCAUCAAGAAAAUUUUGAGCACAAAAAGUUGGCAUCUAAAUUUAUUGAUGACAUAGAUUUCUUGGAGAACUCUAUUAAAAGCCUAUUGUCUGAGAAUUCUUCUCUCCGAUCAGAUCUGAUACAUAAAGAUGAAGUUGCAAAAGGAAUUUUGUUUGAUUUGAGACUAUUACAGGAGUCAGCAUCUAUUGCAAAGGACCAGGAGGAUGAACUCAAACAGAUGGCUGCUACAAUGGAGUCUUUAGAAGACGAGUUAGCAUCCAGAUCAUGUGAACUUGAUGAGGCUAUUGUUCUUGGAAAGACAGUAGAAGGUGAAUUGAUAGAGAAAAAUGAUAAAAUAUUGGCUCUUGAGCUUGAGCUUGCUGAAAAACUUGCGACGAUAAACUCAAUAUCUGUAGAAAAUAUUGAGUUGAAGUCUCACUUGCAGCAAGUCUCGGCGGUGAAAAGUGCUAUACAGGAAGAGCUAAAUGGGAAAUUAUUAGUUACUGGAAGAUUGGAAGAUGAAAUACUUACUAUGAGCACUUUCAUUGGUGAAAGAAAUCAUUUAAUUGAAGAUUUGCAGGGUGGCAUAGCAAAACUCAAAGAAGAAAGAGAUCAUCUCAGUAUUGAGGUGCAUGUCUUGAAAGAAAAGUUGGACAUGGCACAAGCCCUUGCUGAAGAAAAUGAAGCUAUUGCUACAGAAGCUCGCCAGAUAGCAGAAGUGAGGAAAGCUUAUGUUGAAGAAAAAGAAGAAGAGGUCAAGCUCUUAGAGAGGUCUGUUGAGGAGCUUGAAUGCACAGUUUUUGCACUGGAAAACAAGGUUGAUAUUGUUAGAGCGGAAGCAGAAAAACAUCGAUUGCAGAGAGAAGAGAUAGAAAUGGAGCUUCAUACAAUGAGAGAUCAGUUGUCCCAGAAGAAUAUACAAGUUCUUCAGAAGGAAAUUGCAAAAAGAGAUACAGAGAUUCUCCAAUUCAAAUCUCACAUCUCUGAGCUGAAUAUGCAUGCAGAGGCACAAGCCAGAGAGUAUAAACAAAAGUUUAUGGAAUUGGAGGCCAUGGCUCAACAAGUUAACACGGAUCCUGCAUCAUCCAAUUCUGCAAGCUUGACAUCAACAAAAUCAGAAAAAGGUGCAGCGAAGCCUAGGGGUUCAAGUUCUCCUUUUAAGUGCAUUGGCUUGGGAUUGGUACAACAAAUGAAUUCUGAGAAGGAUGAGGAGCUAACUGCAGCGAGGCGUAAGAUUGAGGAGCUCGAAUCAUUAGCUGCAAGCCGACAGAAAGAGAUCUUCAUGUUGAACACAAGACUGGCGCAAGCAGAGAGCAUGACACAUGAUGUUAUUCGGGAUCUGCUAGGGGUCAAGUUGGACAUGACAUCAUUGUUAGACGAACCUGAAAUGCCAAAGGUAGAGACAGCUCGAGUCCACAAUAAUGAAUCCCAGAAAAAGGAUCAAGAGGUGAUCAAGCUUAGGAAAGAGCUUAAUGAAUUUAUUCAAGAGAGGCAAAGCUGGUUGCAUGAGAUAAAGCUAAGGCAUACGGAAAUGGUAGAUGCACGAAUGAUGGCGGAAAAGCUUCGACAGCGAGAACAGUUUAUUAGCACUGAAAAUGAAAUGCUGAAGGUUGAAAAUACAAAAUAUAAGAAGAGGAUUGUGGAUCUUGAAGAUGAACUCAAAAAGUUUUCGGACCAGCAAAAUCUCCAGCACCGUAUUCAUCACCAUGCAAAAAUUAAGGAAGAGAACACUUUGUUGAAGAUGGAGAAUGAAGACUUGAAUGUCAGAUUAAGGCGAUCAGAGGAGGUUCUUCUACGAGUGAAGGAAGAACUUGCUCGCUACCGAUCGUCUUUCGGAAAGGAUCCGUGCAUUGACUUUGAUGAAGAGGAACAGCUAAGGAUGAAACUACAGGAAAGCGAAGAGGAAAGGAUACACUUAGCUCAAAAGCUAUUGAAUUUGUGCACCUGCAUUUUGAAGGUUGCUGGGUUGACUGAUCCCACAACCAAUAUAAGCCCCUCUGCUGCAGAAGAUGCAGCCUAUCAUCUCAAGGACCGUAUCAAUUCAUUGGAAAAUGAAAUAGAAGACCUGAAACUAAAGUGUAAACUACUCCAUGAGAACAUCCGACUGUAUGAGAUUCGGCAACAGUUUUCCCCGCAGCAAACGAAGACAAAUGACAAUUUCCUGUCCUCAUGACAAGGAUCAAAGUAGGGCACGCAACAUUCAUAUCACAACUCAGCUACACAACCAUCAGAACUCCACGAUGAAAUUGCUUAGGAAGGUUAUUUGGUGAGUUGAGCCACUUGACCAGAGUCAUAGUAGAAUGGUUAAUCACUGAUUAGCAGUUAGUUAACAACAUAUUGUUACUCCAUGAUGCAAUUCUUUAAGAGGAUUAGUUGGCAAGUUGGCCUUCUUGAUCCUUGUACAUUCUAUCCAUAUUCUUUUCACAUAUGUAUGAGUGAAAUGCUAUUAAUUUCUUUCAUUUUUAUUGUGUCAACUUUGAUGCCCAUCCAUUCGAAUCUAUCGAUGUAUUUUUGUCUUA